AAGAGGGCGGCCGCUCUGCGCGACUCGGCCAGUCGCGUCACGGCUGAAUCCGCGAGCAGGGAGGAAGGGGGGCGAGGGAGGCGCUCUCGCGAAGCCACCGAGAGAGAGAGAGAAUCAAACAGCAGCCCCGUCGACUCAGCCGACGGGAGACACCGACACACGCACAGAGGAAAGACAUCAACUAACGGGCCAAGAUGGACAACAGCGGCAAGGAGAAGGAGGCCAUGCAGCUGAUGGCGGACGCGGAGAAGAAGCUGCGCUCUUCCCAGUCGUUCUUUGGGGGCCUCUUCGGGGGCGGAUCCUCAAAGCAGGAGGAUGCUUGUGAAAUGUAUGCCCGCGCAGCCAACAUGUUUAAAAUGGCAAAGAACUGGAGCGCUGCUGGAAAUGCAUUUUGUCAGGCAGCCAAGCUGCACCUACAGUUGCAGAGCAAACAUGAUGCAGCUACCAACUUUGUGGAUGCGGGAAACGCUUUCAAGAAGGCUGAUCCACAAGAGGCCAUCAACUGUAUGAAUCGGGCAAUUGAGAUCUACACCGACAUGGGACGUUUUACCAUUGCGGCCAAACAUCACAUUACCAUCGCUGAGAUUUACGAGACCGAGCUGGUGGACAUUGAAAAGGCAAUAGCACAUUAUGAACAGGCUGCAGAUUAUUACAAGGGGGAGGAAUCCAACAGCUCAGCCAACAAAUGCUUACUAAAGGUGGCUGCAUAUGCAGCACAACUGGAACAGUACCAAAGAGCUAUCGAGAUAUACGAGCAGGUCGCUACCAAUGCUAUGGACAGCACCCUGCUCAAAUACAGCGCAAAAGAGUACUUCUUCAAAGCAGCGCUCUGCCAUUUCUGCAUCGACAUGCUGAACACGAAGCUUGCCCUGGAUAAGUAUGAAGAAAUGUUCCCAGUAUUCUCGGAUUCCCGAGAAUGCAAGCUGCUUAAGAAACUGCUUGACGCCCAUGAAGAACAGAAUUUGGAAAGCUAUACGGACGCGGUCAAAGAGUACGACUCCAUCUCGCGCCUGGAUCAGUGGCUCACGACGAUGCUGCUGCGCAUCAAGAAGACCAUCCAAGGCGAUGGCGAUGGAGACCUACGAUAGGUGGAAUGGCAAGGAAACUCUGCUUCAUUGACAGCACGCAUGCAAACCUGCCACGUAGCUAUGGCAAAACACACACGCCACGACCAUUUACCACAUGAGGUUCGGUUGGAUUGACAUACGAUGAAUUCGCCAUUUGAAGAAUGUUUUUACGUGUAUAUUUUCUUUUCCUAAUAGGAAUUUGGUCUGUGCCAAUCCAGAUAAAGUGAUUGAAAAAAAUAUUAUCUUGACCUUGGUGAUAAAAUUGAACACCUUUAGCAAUGCUACAAACACAUUCACAGCAAGGUAAAGUAAUUGGUCACGUUUGUAGGAAGCGAAGUAUGCUGCUUUAAUCCAAACCAAAUGUUAGCACUUGUGUUUAUGAAAGUACAUCCGUUUGUUGUGUUUGUAUAUAAGUGGGCUGUGGUAAUGGUUUCACAACUUGCAAUGAUUUGGAUCGUCAUGUUUACCAAUUUUUUGUUUGAAGUUGACGGCACGUGCAGUUAUCACAUCUGCGGUUCAGUAUUUCUCUUCCCAUUCAUUUACAGUGUUCCACUUGUACCAUUGCAAUGCUUCCAUAUCAGAGAAGUAGGGGAUGUACAAGAAAUGCCAUUUAUUUUUGCAUGUCUGAAGACGGCAGACAUUUAAAAAAAAGAUCUAUGGCAGGUAUGGACAUUGGGGCUCGUGUUCACUGGGGGAAAAAAGCAUGCAAUUAAGUCUUUGACAGGGCCUUAUGUCGUGAGCAUAAACAAUUGUGACCAAUUAAUAUUUGCAGAUCUUACCGAGUGUAAAUGCUGUAUAAUUUGAGGUGGUAGAACCGAUUUUUUUAAAAAUCUUACAUUUACAUUUCUUUAAAAUAUAGCUUUUUUUUCCUGCCUGGCCUAGCACUGUUUAAUUCAGAUGUUGUGCUUGCUGUGUUGCCACGUUGUGUAUGUACAGUGCUCGUUGUACUUGUAGUGCAGUCGUGUCUAUUUGCUUGAAUGUCACCGCUCCUUGCAAAUUGUUCCGUAGCAACAGCAGUUUUACAUUCUCACUAUGCUAACUAGAGAUGUCAUACAAUGAAACUGCUUACCGUUGAAUCCGAAUAAAAAUUGUGAAAAGGAAAA